UUCUUUUUUUUUUUAAGUGUUAUAGAUAAGAAAUACAAAAAUAUACAAUGACAUCAAGGUCUACAAUAUGGAGAAAGACUAACUCUUUGAUUGCCAGUAUAUUAGAAAAUAAUAACUAUCAAAGUUCAACUGUCUAUAAUGUCGUAUACAAGAGCUUGUUGGUUGGAAAAUAAAAAAGAUUUUGAGAGAGUAAUUCCUUCAAGUUGGGUGGAUACAACAAGAAAAGUUGUUUAUUGGCCAAAUGGUUUGCAUGUAAAACGUGCAUUUGAAAAAUUAGAAACGCCUAAAACUGGAUGGAAACAGUUCUCUCUAAUCAAAGUCAAAAUUAGCGGUACAAAAGAAGACUGUGAAGGCUGCACAGAUUACACGACCACUGAGGAAAUAACGGAACCUGUGGAAAUAAUUUCUUCUGAUAAAGGAAAAAUCAUUCCAAACAUACCUCCAACAUUCCCAACAUGUAAAGUCAUUGCAACUGCCCCACCACCCCAUUUACAAUCCAUCCCAGUUAGACCACCACCAUCAAGAUCAAAUCACUCACAACCUGGUUUACAUUCAAGAUCGCAUUCAGGGUUAAACUUGCAUUCACGAGCACAUUCACGGUCAAGGUCACGAUUACGGUCUAAGUCUUGUUCACGUUCAAGAUCACGUUAUCAGUCGAAGUCUCAUUCACGAUCGAGGUCAGGUUCACACUCGAAGUCAAAUUCACAUUCAAGGUCCCAUUUGCAGUCGAAGUCCCCAUUACGUUUGAAGUCUUGCUCACAGUCUAGGUCCCAAUCACGAUGUUCGCGAUCUCGAUCAAACUCAGACUCAAGAUCUUCUAAUUCAAAUUCAAAUGUCUCCAGACUUGGGUUAGUUGCAGUAUCACCAAUUGUCUGUAAGUCUAUCCCGAUAAAAAGAAAAGAUGCUGUGCAUUUUAGACGGAAAGAUUUUCCUAUGGACGUUGGAGACUUUCAAUACACUGUGAUAAAAUUGCUGACAAAGCAGUUAGAAAACCAAAAUACAAUACACCAACAGCGCGAAACAACAGUGGCUGGAAUGAAUUUAAGUAAUCUUCCUGCUAAAUUUCUCCAAGAAUGACUUCUAUUUAUGUCGUUUAUCUGACGUCGUUUCAAUGUUGGUAUGACAUCGCUCAACGUCGAAUGACAUCUAUUUACGUUGCUAUUAUGACGUUGUUCCGACGUUGGUUUAACAUCGCUUAACGUUGAAUUACAUCGGAAUGCUGACGUCGCCCGAUGUCUUUUUUUCCGACAUCGCCCAACAUUUCCAUUCCCAAUGUUAAUCCGACGUCGAUCCAACGUCGAGAUCCGACGUCGUUCGACGUUGUUCCGACGUCGAAAUGCCCACUGGGAUGCAUCAAUGCUGUUAAAUUGGUUUGUAUCUAAGUCUGUGGAUUAUUAUGGUCCAAAAUUUACUACAUAUAAUGUUCAUAACCUGAUUCAUUUGUCUGAAGAUGUUAUAAAAUUUCAAAUGACCCUACUUGAUAUGUCUGUCUUUUCGUUUGAAAAUUAUUUGCAGCGUCUGAAAAGAUUGGUUCGCGGUAAGAACAUGCCACUUGCUCAAAUUGUCAAGCGUUUAGGAGAAAUAGACUGUUUAGAUAAUAAAUUUUUGAGAAAAAAACACAAAUCAAAAGUAGUCCCUGGUGGUAAAGAUAGCUGGUUUUUUUUGAAAAGUGGUCAUUUGGCACAGGUUAUUGAAAUCAAUUUCAAUUCUUUACUUUGUGAAAUAAUUUCAUGUCGGCUUUUUAAUUACUUCUUUGUUGUACCAUGCAGUUCAAUAUAACAAAAUAUUAUCGUGCCAAAAAAUGCUUCUGCAAAAAGAAAAACUGUUCAAAAAACUGAACUCAAACGCAAAGUUAUUAGUUUUAAGGGUAGAAUAAAAAAUGUUGUUUUCCCAUUAUGUCAUGAUUGUGUGUUUUGAAUAAAUUUUGUUUGUUUUAUCUA